GAGUGAAGUGAAUGGAUGGGGAGUUGAAUCGGACACCUGUGAACUAUGUUAACGAGUUUACCACUCCUACAUACAACGACGACCUCCUUGGCACUAGAGUAGGUUGGGGCAAUCACUCCCAAAGCCAAGAACUCAGUAACAUUAGAACCGGAGCCGAGAGCUUUUGAGCAGCUGUUAAACUCAUUGCAAUAACAUGAUCCAUUUCAAAGAACCAAGCUCUGAAAAUAGUGUAUCGUGUGUGCCCUUUUGAUUUACUACAAUGGUACCUUCAACGAUUGUGAGCCGCACUUGACUAGCACGUUUCUCUGAUGACUCAUGAGGACAGAAGAAGAAGCCUGCCACCUUCGCUGUCUUCUUCGACCCUCCUUCACAACCAUUUGAAUAAUAUUUGUACUACCAUGGCCUCCGAACAGAGAGUUGGCCAUUUGGACGAGGAUUACAGCCUUUUCCUCAGUGAGAACGGCCAUCUCAGCUUCGAGAAUCCAAACUAUCAAAUGGCCUCCAUUGAUCCAAGCCGACUAGACGACCAUUUGAAUUCGAAUAUCCAACCCAGCAUUCCAGUGAGCAUGUAUGAAGAGCUCAAGCACGAACUCGACGCGAGUGUUCUCAGGACCGGGAGCGGAAAUAACAGUAGCAGUGGAAGCUCCCCAAAAUCGUCGAGUCGCAGGAAUUACGCUCAAAUGGAUGUGUGUUCCAUGGGAGUAGAUGUUAGUUUGGGCCCUUCCACAACUCUAGAUAACAAAAUCUCGGAGGAGAAAAUGCGUGAUUCUGUGGAUAAAUUAGACAAAUUCAUCCAACAUUCCACAGAGCAGCUAACCAAGGGGGAGAUCGAGUCUGACAAGUUAGUUGAAACUAGCAAGGAAAAGUGCGACAAGUCCGAUGGUGAGGUUGACACAAAAGAAGAGGAAUCCAACUUGAUUACCUCUUGCGUUAAAAGGAGGCCGAAAAAGCGACACACCAACUCUAGUCAGGCCAACGGCCUCCCACUCGGCUGGGAACGACAUGAAGAUGAUGAAGGCCCUUAUUACUGGCACGUCAAAAGUGGAAACAUCCAGCGAGAGCCACCCAAAGAAUCCAACGACGAAGACAGAUCCGCACUUGUCAGAAAUAUUAGGUCUUCCAGGAUCUUUGAAGAAGAUUUUGACCCCAUUGUCGCCACCACAUCCGUAACUGCCGCAUCCAAUUUUCAUAAAUCCUCCAACGGCACCAUGUCCAAAAGCUGCACAUCUUCUUCCAUCGCGGACUUGGCCAAGGAGAAAGCCCAGCUGGACCAAGAUGCUAAAAAUGGAUCAGCCGAUUGGAAACGACGAAGCAUGCCUCCAGGAAAGUCAGCGAAUGAGGCCGACGAAUCCAAGAUUAUACAAGUUCAGGUCCAAUCCUUAGGAUGGGUAGAGCUCAGAGAGGAUGAGCUCACGCCGGAGAACAGCAGCAAAGCCGUUAAUCGAUGCAUUGUACAACUCUCUUCGGGCACCAACUCUCAAAACGAGCCUGCAGGUCAAUGGGGCGAAGGCAACCACCUCAGUCUAGAGAUUAGCGACGGAUCCCUCAAACUGAUACAGCCCGGAAAUGGCUUGCUCUUGAACUCUCAACCCAUUCAUUCCAUUCGAGUAUGGGGUGUGGGUCGAGAUAAUGGGCGAGACUUUGCCUAUGUUGCCAGGGACAAACACACGAGGAAGCACAUGUGCCACGUGUUCCGGUGUGAUGCCCCAGCCCGAGCCAUUGCCAACGCUCUGCGCGACAUUUGCAAGAAGAUCCUGAUUGAAAGGAGUUUGGCCCAGUCCUCGAGUAAGCUGAGCGGAUUCUCGCACAGGGAUCAAUCGGGGUCGGCAACCGGUUCCACGCCAACCAGCGCGCGGCGCGACCGAGUUCUGAGGCCAACCAGCUUGGGUGGGAAUUUCAACUCGAAAUUGCAAACGAAGGCUGUUCCCGCUCCCGAGUCGUUUCCAACUCCAAUGGAGGAGCCCAGGAAGGUGAUGAAGGCGCUUCUUUUGGGCAAUGUCCAAGUGAAUAAACCAUGCGGGAUUGACAUCAUUCACAGUGCCAUUAAUCAAAUGCUGGACACGAUCCCAAGGUCCGAAUGGAAACCGGUGUCUGUGGCAGUGGCGCCUUCAACGGUCACGAUUUCCUUUGCCGAUUCCAAGGAGCCUGAUCUCGAUUGUCGAGUGCGGUUUCUGUCCUUCAUGGGCAUUGGAGAAAACACCCAACACGGGGCGUUCAUCAUGCAUACCGCUCAAGACACAUUUGUCUGCUAUGUGUUCCAUGUGGAACCGUGCGCAGGACCCCUUUGUAAGACCAUUGAGGCGGCAUGCAAGUUGCGUUAUCAGAAGUGCUUGGAUGCCAGACCGCAACGCGCCAUAGUUGGGGAUAGGGGUCAGAAUCCCAACAAUCGAGGCUCUAUUGGUGCCACCAUCAAGAACAUGUUCGGCAACUGGACGAGCAAAAAUCGUCUCCAGUCACCGCCCUCUUGACUCAAUCCGCUCCACCCAAUGACACCCACCUGUUCAAUGGGUGGGGCGGACUUCCCCGAUCCCUCAAUGAUGGGAUCACUCUCCAGCAUGAGGAAAUCCAUGUCCACACCAGCUUUGUUUUCCAUUUUAUCUCCACCCUUGGGGGGAGUGAAGGGAGCCUCGCUGUCCACCUACCGGGAAUUGGAUCAAGAGGGAUCCAGUAGCGAGGACGAUGAAUAUGAUGACAACGAUGGCUUUGUUAGAGGCUGAGUGAAUCAAAAGGACAACAUGACGUUUUCAACCGAUUCCUGAUUUUUAGGAGUCGUUACUCACUUUGUUUGAUCUCUGUAAUAUGUCAUUCAUCUUUGGGUAUAGUGUUGAAAAGGACUUGUUGAUCGUGCAUAUUUCUUACCAACCCCUUUAGAGACAACUAUUUUAUUGAACUUGUGAUCAUAAAUGCGCCCUAAUUAUUGUGUACAUUAUUUAUCAUCUUUGUUGUGAUAAUCGAAUGUUGGAAUAUCUGUGUAUGUCUGAAUUUAGCUGCAUUUGAAAAAAAAACUACCACAUGUUUAGAGUACUCAUUAAAUUUUACUCAAUGUA